AGGUUUAGAUACAUCUCUCUCCCUCUUUUUCUCUCUGUUCAUUUCACCACCAGAUUGUCAACCGCAAAAUUGAUUUGGAAAAUCAAGAGGCUUAAGAUUAAAAAAGAGCUUAACUUAGCAUAAAGACGAUCUGAACAAGAGGGAAGUAACAGAAGAAACUAGGUGGACAGACUGACCGACUGAGAAAGAGGAAGCUGUACAUGUCGGCAGGACUGAAUGGCACGUGGAGGGACUCGGUGCCUGUCCCAUCCUCCCUCUCUCCCGCCUUCCAGUCGCACCUCACACCGAGCGCCGACCUGGGAGUGGCCAUCCUGAUGGUGAUCACAGGCGCCGUGUCUGUGCUGGGGAACGGCACCGUGCUGCUGGUCUACGGCAAGAAGAGGAAGACCCUCCGUCCUCCUGAGCUUAUGACCAUCAACCUGGCUGUCUGUGAUUUCGGCUACAGCCUCAUAGGGGCACCAUGCAUCAUAAUAUCCAGCCUGUCUCACGCCUGGGUGUUCGGGGAGUCAGGCUGCUUGUGGUACGGCAUACAGGGCUUUGUGUUUGGGAUCGGCUCUCUCAUCACCACCAGUCUCAUCUCUCUGGAUCGCUGCCUUAAGAUCUGCUCCUUAAGAUACGGUCAGUGGAUAGAGAGACGCCACAUGUCUCUAGCGAUUGCACUGAUUUGGGCCUAUACUGUCUUCUGGGCCGUUCUCCCUGCCUUUGGGUUCGGAAGCUAUGGACCAGAACCUUUCGGGACCAGCUGCACGAUUAACUGGUGGAAGAUGAGGUCUUCCUUGAAGGACCGAGCCUACAUCUUCCUCAUCCUGACCUUGUGCUUCGGAGUCCCCACCCUCACCAUCAUCGUCUCCUACCUGGCCAUCCUCCGGACGGUGUACAAGUCUCACCAAACCCUGGCCUCCAUCCCCUCCUCAACCGUCACCCACAGUAGCCGUGACAUGAGACUCACCAAGAUAGCAGCAGUGGUCUGCUCCACCUUCCUCCUUGCCUGGACCCCCUACGCCAUAGUGUCCCUCUACUCCGCCCUGGCCCAUCGGAACGAGUGGGUGGAGGGCUCCCUGCACCCCAGCACCAUCACCGACCUCCUGGGGCUUCCUACUGUCCACAACUGGACCUCUACGGAGAGCUACGGAGGUGGCUAUGACAGCAUGUACUACGACCAGGCAGAGUACUCGGACCCGUCGCCCACCGAGGCUGUCACCACCACGCGCAGUUCACCUUUAGUCCGCCAGGGGGCGUCAGAGCCGGACAGCUCCCAGCCCGUGUCCUGCCUGCCACCAGUUGUUACCCUGAUCCCGGCCAUGUUUGCCAAGUCUCACUGCAUGAUCAACCCCUUCAUCUACCAGAUCAUGAACAAGGAGUUCCGAGAGGAUGUGUACGACAUCCUGCGGGGGAGAGACAGCAGGGAGAGGAGGAGGACCAGAGCCACAGACGGGAGCUAUUCGCAGAGAAGCAGCAUCAAUCUGUCUUACUGCCAGAGCUGGAGACAGAAGAACAAGCCCAUGGCCGUGUCCAUGGUGCAGCUGGAGACCAAGCAGCAACAUGGAGAGAAGGGGAAAGGAGGAGGCAGUGGUUCCUGGUCUGACAACACGUCUGUGGGCUGGGAUGCUCUGGACGUGGCCUCCUUAGACACUCAGGUCAAAAUGGAGGGCCGGAAGAUGAGCGAGAAGGAGGAGAUGGGGGGGUCCACGUCCAGCAGCCUGCUGACAGAGUGAGAGGAUGAGAGAGAGAGAGACAGAGAGAGAGGGGAGGAGAGACAGAGAGAGCUAAAG